UUCCACAUUGACAAUUUCAUAUAUAUAUUCUGUUUACGUUUGAAUUAGCACUAUACGACUAAGUCAUAUCUGUAUUAUUUAAAAAUGAUUACUCUUUAUCAUUUAUCGGACUCUCGUUCUUCGAGAAUUAUAUGGUUGCUGGAAGAGUUGAAAGUACCAUACGAUUUGAAGCAAUACAACCGUGUGGGAGGUCGUUCACCUGCUGAAUUUUAUAAUUUAUCUCCUCUAGGAAAAAGCCCUGUGCUUGUUGACGAUGGAAGGUCGUACAUCGAGAGUGGUGCUGUCAUUGAACAUUUAGUUCGUAAGUAUGGGAGAAACUUCAAACCCUCUGAACAAGAUAUCCCUCAUCUAGAAAAGUAUGAUUUUUGGAUGCAUUAUGCUGAAGGCUCCUUAAUGAUGCUCGUAGUCGGUCUUUUUGUUAAUAGCAAAGCCGUUGAGAUGUCGCCUUUUCUUAGUCGAUUUCUGGUUCGAAAAGUAACGGAUACAAUUAAUGAUCACUACUAUAUGAAAGAAAUAUUCCUUAACCUUGACCACGUCGAUGAUUACCUUGCCACUAGCAGAUAUUUCGCUGGUGAUCGGUUUACUGCGGCUGACGUGCAGAUGAGUUAUCCUCUUCUUUGUCUUCAGUCUUCAGUUCUAAACACGAGACCAUAUCCAAACAUCAGACGCUGGCUUAAGGAUAUUGGUAGUCGUCCAGCGUUUGUAGUUGCAUCAGGAAAGUCAAACGAUAGGAAUUUCCAGGUUCACAAGGAAACAAAACAUUAUAAAGAGGAGGAGGAACCAGAUAUGUCGUCCUUUAGCAUUUCAGCUUGAUUACCCUAGCCAGUACCAUUUUAUUAUACGAUAGCCUUACCCAGUUUUAUUUCGAAACUUGUGUUACUCAGUUCGACUAAAAAAAAAUCAAAAUCCUUAUUGUGAAAAUAAACAAAAGAAGGGAAAAGGUUGAGUGAAAUGAUAUAUAUAUUGUUAACAUGUUGAUCCAUUGAACUCUGGCUACCCACUAAUACGAUUUCGUUUUACUUUUUGAUAUUAAAUUUUGUGUUUAAUGAUUGAUUAAUUUCUAACUAGCAAUAAAAAUAAAUGGAAAAGGACAAGUGUGAAUACGUGUAUUGUACUAAAAUUACUUUAAAGAAUCGCC